AUGCCUCAAAUUAAACAACAAGCUCGUCAUAUCAAAAAUCCCAGUACUGGACAGGCUAUAAAUACUGCUGAUAUCAUCCAUGCAAAUUUGGACGUUCGAGAAGAGCGUUUGAAAGUGUCGGUCAUGUUAAUUGAUGGCUCAAUAAUUGAUUUUCCUGUGCCAACCUCAAAAGAAAUCCGCGACCGAUUUUUUUAUAAAAAAGCAAAAUCUUCCGAUAGACCCGCUAGGCCACCCAACAAAUUCUUUAUUUUUCGUACAAUGUUUCAAGAUGCCGUAGAUACCUACAAACUUCAAGUUCCCAUAGUUUCAGGGAUUGCUAGUGAAGUGUGGAAAAAAUCAUCCCCUGAAGUAAAAGAUGUCUUUACCAAACUUUCACAAAUUGCAAAAAUUGAACAUAGUGAACUAAAUCCAGGAUAUGUUUAUAAACCAUACCGAAAAAUAUCAAAAGAUCUCAACCAAAAAGAAUUAAAAGAAUUAAAAGUAAAAGAAAUAAAUUCAAUGAAUUCCACACAUUCCCUAGAUUCAACUCAAAAUUUUAUUAUUGCUACUUCACCUUGUCCUUCUUCAAGUAAUUAUUCGUCAUUGCCAGUCACUCCAAAUAAUUAUUCAUCAUUGCCAGUUACUCCAACUCAACCAUUAUGGCCAAUAACUUCGCAACACACUUUACCCAAAAAAAAUCAUGAAAAUUAUAAUUUAUCAUCUCAAAAUAUGCAACCAAAUAUCAAUUCUUACCCUGAAAUAACCCCUUCUUUAUUAAAAUCAAUUACAAUAUUACCAAUAUCCAACUUCCACAAAUUCAUCUUAUUCUAUCAAUGA